UGGAUGCGGAGGGCCGCUCAGCAACCCGUCCGCUCCACAUUUCAGUUUUUAAUUAGGGCUUCCGCCAGAAUCGGACUUAAGUUUGCCCCAUGUCAUUGUCAGUUUACCACCCGCUUUCACAGCGAGUGCCGUCGCCAUACUAUCUGUGACAUCCUCAGCAGUGAACGCAACACUCCAAAUCUUAAAUUCAUCAAUCAUACCGUUGAAGAAGUUGGCGUUACCCUGACUCGCUGCGAUACACAUACCUUCGGUACCGAAAUCCAUGCGUGCAUCCCCACCGGCUUCUGCUUCGGAAUCAAGCUCUCCGUUAAUAUACAGCCACGCUGUCUUCUUGCUCUGCGAUCCGACGAAUAGUACCAUUCCGGUUCAAAUGCGUCAUAGUUCGUGACUGCCUCUAAUUCUACACCCAGCGUCGCAAAGUAGAACCCAAAUAACACGCCACCACGGUUGAAUGUAAUAUGGGGUCGUCCGCCACCAUUCAAACGAUAGAGCAAAUCAAUGCGGUUACCACCCUCAAUUUUAUCGUCCGGUUUGAACCAAAAUUCGAUCGUCAUCUCCUUCGGCUGAUCAAUUUUGAGUGGAUCAAAGUUGACACUUCCACCCUUAAAAUGGAGUGCCUGAC